GCUUACCAACUGGAGGUGGCGGGUGGCGGCCGUCUGGCUGAGUGUAUGGCAGAGGAAGCCGAUCAGUAACGGAGGGAAGCAGAUACCGAGAGUAACCAUGGGGAACCGGGGGAUGGAGGAGCUGAUUCCCCUAGUCAACAAACUUCAGGACGCCUUUAGCUCUAUUGGCCAGGCCUGCAACCUCGACCUCCCUCAGAUAGCUGUGGUGGGAGGGCAGAGUGCCGGCAAGAGUUCUGUGUUGGAGAAUUUCGUAGGCCGUGAUUUCCUACCACGUGGAUCUGGAAUUGUGACUCGACGUCCCCUCAUCCUUCAGCUCAUUUUCUCCAAAACAGAAUAUGGAGAGUUCCUACACUGUAAAUCUAAAAAGUUUACCGAUUUUGAUGAAAUUCGUCAGGAGAUUGAAGCAGAAACAGAACGGGCCACAGGAACAAACAAGGGCAUUUCUCCAGUUCCAAUUAAUCUUCGGGUAUAUUCUCCAAAUGUCCUUAACUUGACUUUGAUUGACCUUCCGGGCAUCACAAAAGUUCCUGUAGGUGACCAGCCCCACGACAUAGAAUACCAGAUCAAGGAUAUGAUUAUGCAGUUCAUCAGCAGGGAUAGCUGCCUCAUCCUGGCUGUGACACCAGCUAACUCGGACUUGGCCAACUCUGAUGCAUUGAAAUUGGCUAAAGAAGUGGAUCCACAAGGUUUGCGGACAAUUGGUGUUAUAACCAAGCUUGAUUUAAUGGAUGAAGGCACAGAUGCUAGAGACAUAUUGGAGAACAAGCUGUUACCCUUGAGAAGAGGGUACAUUGGGGUUGUGAAUAGGAGUCAGAAGGAUAUUGAUGGUAAGAAGGACAUCAGAGCUGCUCUUGCUGCUGAAAGGAAAUUCUUUUUAUCUCAUCCGUCCUAUCGGCACGUAGCAGACAGAAUGGGAACACCUCACCUGCAGAAAACCUUAAACCAGGUACUAAAAUAA